CUGGGCGGUUAGAUUUGAAAGCGGCCCGGAGGCCGCCCGGCGCUGCGCGGAGACACCGAAGCCGUGGAGAACUCCUGGCUAAUGACCACGGACCCCAAAAGGUCUGAGGAGAAUUUGUCAAACGGGAGGCUCGGCAGAAAAGGUUUUCUUCAAAAAUGGAUGGGAUGUCUUCAGAGACUAAUGAAGAAAAUGACAAUACAGAGAGACCUGUUAGAAGACGACAUUCCUCAAUUUUGAAACCCCCAAGGAGUCCUCUUCGGGAUCUGAGAGAUGGGAAUGAAAUAGUUCAGGAACCCAAUGCUUCGAGAAAUAAGAAAAGCUCUCGCCGAGUCAGCUUUGCAGAUACUAUAAAGGUAUAUCAGACAGAAUCUCAUAUGAAAAUAGAGAGAAAGUCAGAAAUUGCAGAAACAGAAACAAGAGAAAAUGUUCUGUUUAUACAGAAUAAGACUUCAGAAGAUAAUUACUGUGAAAUUACUGGAAUGAACACGUUGCUUUGUGCUCCCAUUCAGACCCAGAUGCAACAGAGAGAGAUUUCAGUUACAGAAUACAACCAUGAAGAGACACAUUCAAAUGACCAGACAGUUAUCUUUUCAGAUGAAAAUCAGAUGGACCUGACAGCAAGUCACACCGUGAUGAUUACAAAAGGCCUUUUAGAUUGUACAAAAAGUGAAAAGUCCACCAAGACAGAUACCACAUCAUUUGUGGCUAACUUAAAACUUCACACUGAGGAUUCAAGAAUGAAAAAAGAAUUGAAUUUUUCCAUGGAUCAAAACACUAAUUCAGAAAAGAAAAUAAAUUUCAAUGACUUCAUAAAAAGAUUGAAAACAGGGAAAUCUAAUUCUUCUAUAGGACCUGAUAAAGAAAAUUCUGAGAUACCUAUUCAUUCCAUAGAAUCAAAUAAGGCUUCUUCCAUACAUCAAAAGCAUGUAUCCCUUAAUGUAGAUGAAAAUAACAGUAAUAUGACUAGAAUCUUUAUAGAAGAAGAUGAUGGGAUGAAUUUCACCAAGUGUUAUACAUCCAAUAUUCAAACUUUGGUUCCCAUAUCACCUGAAGCCAACUUAAGGGAAUUUAAAAGUGAUAUUACAGUUUAUGGUAAUGACUUGAUAAUAAACCGCACUAUACAAAUUUUACCCUCUGCAGAUAAUUUAUCUGAAAUAGAAAAUCAAACUCAGACUAUCAUGAUGGAUGUUACAACAGGUUAUAGAACUAAAGCUCCAGCAAAGACGACAGUCUUUGAGAAUAAACCAAAUGCUGCUUUUCCAGACUCUCCCUUAAAUCCUAAAGGUGACAUACAUAUUACCAGAGGUCAUAUUAUGGGGACAGAAACUCACAUGGUCACACAGACUUCUAACCAAGACGUCAGAACAUUGGCCAUGGUCCCGGAAUCUGUAUGUUUCAGUCCAGCAAUUCAAGAUUAUAAAACAUUUUUGUAUUCUACUUGUAAUGAUGCCAUGGAACUGACCAAGUGUCUCUCAAGUAUGAAAGAGGAAGAAAAUUUGCUAAAGGAUGACCGUAAUUAUGCCAAAAUGUGUCAUAAUCCAGAUACCAGCUCUCUUCUCAUGGAGAAAACGAUUUACUCAGGAGAGGAUAGCAUGGACAUUACCAAGAGUCAGACACUUGUAAUAGAAAAUCAAAUUUUUAAAGAAGAUCAGACAAAUGUCCAGAUAACAGCCAAACCAAUAUCUGAAAAAGAAAUGAUGCUCAAAAAUCACAUAACUAUGUCAAAGGAUGAGGAAAUGAAUGUAAAUUGUAUCUCAGUUUCUCAUGUAUCUAAGGAAAGAUUAAAACAGACCCAGGCAGAUCCUUUGUCUACUUCAUUGGCUGGUAAAAAGACUGUAAUCUUCACAGGUGAAGAUGAGGGUUUGACUAAAAGUCAUACAACUAAUUUAGGAAGUCAAGCUCCUUUUGCAUCUUAUAAUCUAGCAUUCAAGGAUGCCAGUACAUCUCACUCUGACAGCAAAAGCCUUUUAGAUGAAUGGGGAAAAAAGACCAAAACUCAUAAUGAACUCUCCCGACAACCAAAAAUAAUAUCUACAAACAUCCUAACUGAUGCCUGGGGCAAAGAAAUAGAUCAAGUUUUGAAGAUUUCACCCUAUCUUGAUAAAGUUUCUCCUCAGCCAGUGGAUAUUAACCAGGACAAAGCAACAAGCUAUAAUAUAGUAUACUCUCGUGGAGAUCUUCAUAAACAAGUAGCACUGGGAAAGAAUAGAAAUACAGUUUCAUGUGAGCAAGCUUUGUUUCCAAUCACUAAACAGUCUUCAGAAGGCCAAUCUGCCAUGGAAAAUCCUAAUACUGGUGUUAACAGUCAUAUAGUUAAAUCUGUACCAGACCAGAAUUCUAAACUGCCUGAGCCACUGAGGAAAAGUUUAGGUAAUCCCACCCUUGACUGUUCUCGUGACAAGAUAAUUACUUGUUCAGAAGUGGAGCAAAAUAUGGAUCUAACCAAGAGUCACACUAUCAUCCAGAGUUGUACAAUGGAAAUAAAUAACAAAAAUGCCCUAGAAGAUAGAAAAGAUUCUCUGUUGGUGCCUUUGGCAGGAACUUCUAAAACUGUUUUGUAUACAUGUGGGCAGGAUGACAUGGAGAUCACUAGAAUUCACACAACUGCCUUAGAAUAUAAAACUGUCUCACCAGUCAAAAUAACCACUAGGCCAAUGGACAAUACUGUAUUGUUUAUAGAUAAUCACAGUGAUCUGGAAGUCACCAAGUCCAAUACUGCUUUCAUUGAUUGUCAAGCCACAGAAAAAAUACUUCAAGAGUGCCCUAAAUUUGGAAUAGUAAAAAGAAAAACCUUGGGUGUUUCUUUUCCUAAGGAUGGAAGCUCUGUUCAAGAAAUCACUAAACAACAAGCACAGGCUAUAGAAAACAAAAUUGUUCUUCAGACUGAGCAAGAGCACCAUGUGAUACCCUGUUCUAAUACAUUGUCUGGGGAUCAAGCUCAGAUAGAAAUCAUCAAAUUCCAUAGUACUGCUGUCGAUGAAAAGGUCAUGGCAAAAGUUGUAGAUAAGGCCUCUACAUUGGAAAAAGCCAAACUUGAAAGCUGCCACUUAAAUAGCACAGGUAGAAGAAAUGUGGAUUUUACAAACAAUCAUGCACCUGCUAUUUGUGGAUCCAGCGACAAUUAUUCCUUUCCACCAAAUGUUAUUUCCUGUGUUGAUAAUUUGGAGGGGAAUGUCAUGUCCUUAUGUGAUAAAGAUGAGAAAGCCAGUAAUUGCCCAGUGCAAAAUGAUCUUGCUUAUGCAAAUGAUUUAGCCAGUGAAUAUUACUUGAAAUCUGAGGCACUGCCUCUCUCUGCUCCUUGUUCUGUGUUAGAGAAGGAAAAAGUUAUUCAAACGAAUAUCCAAGGACAGCUAAAUGACUGUGUCAUAACAGUGCUCAAAGAUCAAGAUCUGAUUAAGGAGUCCCCAAAUCUAUUAGCUAAUCAAACUUUAGUAUAUGGUCAGGAUUUGGGAAACAUGACUAAACUUGAUUCAAAGCAAGUAUCUUUUAAGUUUCCAGAGGAUCAAAUGGAGGACUUUGUUCAUAAUACAGAACAUAGUUUAAAGCAGACCUUUGUUGAUGAUGUUUGUGUUGAUUCCCCACUUCAUCUCUCAGCUCAGCUAUCUCCAUUACCUCAACAAGGACAGAGUAUUGUUAAUAAAGGUGAAGCAAUAUUGUCUCAAGCUGCAAGUAAGAAUUUAAAUAUUCUAAGAAAUUCCUCUGUACCCAGAUGUGAAAAUGAGUCCAAAGUGCUCAAUAAUGAGAAACAGUUGACUGUAGCCUGUGAAAAAGAACUGGAGAAAAAUAUCCAAACUGCUAAAUGUAAUACAGUCAUAGAUUUCCAGAGUAACUCAGACUUGACUAAGCAUGUUAUUCAAACUCAUGCCAAGCCUAAAGAAACAUCAAAUCCUGUAAUUGCAUCUAAUGCUGCAAGUUUUAGUAGUGGCAAACAAAAUCUGAAUAAUUUGAAUGGGAAAACUGAAGAAUUUUUAGAUAUCCAAGCUUUUCAUAUAUCACCUUUUCCAGAACAACUACUUGAGUUAGUAAAUAAGGCAGACAGUGAUAUGAGUAUAGUGCAAGCUACAGAAAGAAAUAAUAUUAACACAGUGUCCAACAAUGUUAAAGAUGAUAGAGAUGAAGAAAAUAAAAUUUUUCAUAAUGGAGCUGAAACCAACUCAGUACCAGUUGUAAAAGAUAAAAUAAGGAGAUGUUCUUUAGGAAUAUUUUUGCCCAGAUUGCCAAACAAGAGAAAUUGUAGUGUCACUGGUAUAGAUGACCUGGAACAGAUUCCCUCAAAUACAACUGAUUUAAGUAACUUAGAAACUCAGCCAGUCUCCAGUAAGGAUUCAGGCAUUGGAUUUAUUGCAGCUAAACUGAACUCAAGUCCAUCUCAAUAUAUAAAUGAGGAAAAUCUUCCUAUAUAUCCAGGUGAGAUUAAUUCCUCAGACUCUAUUAUCAUAGAAACUGAGGGAAAGUCUUUGAUGGAGACAUACCAGGAAGAGAUUUCACCAUCUGAAAAUAAAAUGAAAGAAACCUGCAAUAGCCAGAAAAGAACCUGGGUACAAGAAGAAGAUGAUGAUUCUCAGAAUGAGAAAAAAAUCAGAAAAAGUGAGAUUAAGUUUAGUGAUACCACACAAGAUCAGCAGACUUUUUAUCAUGCUGAAGGAGAUACAGAUAAAAAUGCUAACAGUGUAUUGAUAAAAAGCCUGGGCAGGACCCCAUCUAGUUGUAGCAGUUCUCUGGAUUCAAUCAAGGCUGAUGGGACUUCUCUGGACUUCAGCACAUACCGCAAUAGUCAAAUGGAACCACAGUUUCUCACAGACGCUGAUUGUGAAGAGAGCUUGAAGGAGAAACUCAAAGAUGGGAGAAUAACAAUAAAGGAAUUCUUUAUUCUUCUUCAAGUCCACAUUUUGAUACAGAAACCCCGACAGAGCACUCUCCCAACCAAAUUUACCAUAAAUACACAACCUACUCCAGAAGAUCUGAUGUUAAGUCAAUAUGUUUACCGACCCAAGAUACAGAUUUAUAGAGAAGAUUGUGAGGCUCUUUGCCAAAAGAUUGAAGAAUUAAAGCUUUCUGUAUUGAACCAAGAUAAACUGUUGACUGAUGUAAACAGGAACCUAUGGGGGAAAAUGAGACAUUGCUCUGAUGAGGAGCUGAAGGCCUUUGGAAUUUACCUGAACAAAAUAAAAUCACAUUUUACCAAGAUGACUAAAAUCUUCACUCACCAAGGAAAAGUGACUCUCUAUAGCAAACUGGUACAGUCAGCUCAGAAUGAGAGGGAGAAACUUCAGUUAAAAAUAGAUGAGAUGGACAACAUACUUAAGAAGAUUGCUAACUGUCUCACUCAGGUGAAAAUAGGUAAAGUAUUUGGAAAUUUUUUCAAAAGAAAAUUUAAACUGGAACAGCUGAAAACAGAAGAAGAAAAGCUUCAAAGAAAUCUCUCAGAACUAGAGGUACAGAAAGAGCAGACCCUUGCUCAAAUAGACUUCAUGCAAAAACAAACAAAUACAACUGAAGAGCUGCUGGAUCAGUUGAGCUUGUCUGAAUGGGAUGUCAUUGAGUGGAGUGAUGAUCAAGCUGUAUUCACCUUUCUUUAUGACACAGUAGAACUCACCAUCACUUUUGGAGAGCCAGUAGUUGGUCUCCCUUUCAUGAACAAGGCUAAUAGGAGGAUUGUUGACCUGAAUUUUCAGUCUCUGUUAGAUGAGGAUAAAGCUCCUCCUUCCUCCCUUUUAGUUCAUAAGCUUAUUUUUCAGUAUAUUGAGGAACAGGAAUCCUGGAAGAAGAAAUGUACAACACAGCAUCAGGUAUCCAAGAUGCUUCAAGAAAUCUCACUGGUAGUAAGCCAUUGCAGACUCCUUGGAGAGGAAAUUGAGUUUUUAAAGAGAUGGGGACCAAAUUAUAACCUAAUGAAUAUAGAUGUAAAUAAUACUGAAUUGAGGCUUUUAUUCUCCAGCUCUGCAGCAUUUGCAAAGUUUGAGAUAAUGUUGUCUCUCUCAGCAUAUUAUCCAUCUGUUCUAUUACCUUUCUCCAUUAAAAAUCACCUUGGAAACAUCAGCCAUGAUGAAAUUUCUGCCCUUCUAUCUAAAGUGCCACUGGAGGACAACUACCUAAAGAAUGUAGUCAAGCAAAUUUACCAAGAUCUGCUUCAGGGCUGCAAUUUCCACCAGUAGACCCUUGGACCACAGCUGUAACAAUCAAGCACAGUAGACUUAAUAAUGAUUUAUGUUGGAGUCUCCAUUGCUGUUUAAUCUUCAUCUUCAGGUCCUAGAAAGAAGCCUAGUAAAAUUCCUUCUGAUGAUUUUCUAGUUAAUUGGUAGGGUUAAUUUUUAAAGCUCUACAGUCAGGAAUAAUGAAAGGCCUCAAAUAGACUGCUAUCAA